AUGGCGCGUUGCGCAGACGCGGCGGCCCAUUUGGACGCGCUGAAGGACAUGGACGCGACGCACUGCCGCGCUGAACGCGGCGGGGCGCGCGCGCCGAGCGCGCUGCACCGCCGCGGCGAUGCCGCGCACUUCCACUUGCGCGGACCUCGCUGCGACGGCGGCUGCGGCGCGUGCAGCGGCGACGGGGCGUCGGCGGUGAAGGGCAUUAUUAUGGCUGGUCCGCCCGCGAGCCCACGGACGAGCAAACUCGACUCGUUCGCGACGAGGCCCGAACUGCGCGUCGGCGCCCGCGCGACGCUGGAGCGUUGGAUCCAGACUUUCGAAGAAAGCGUCGAGGCGCGCGUGGCCGCGGGGAUGGACUCGUCCGGCGCCGUCGCCGGCCUGCUCGGCAGCGGCCCGCGCAAGCGCCCCGCUGCCGCGAAGGUCAUCUUGCAGGUUGGCGAGUCUUUCUUGAACAAUUACAAGUUGCCCAAGUUGGCGAAGAGCGCGCGGCCGAAGAAAGACAAGCCGCGGCUCUGGGGCAAGAAGGAGCUUUUGGACAACAUCGAGGAGUUGUCGCCGCCCGCUGGGGGCAUCAUUUUCUCUGGGAAAUGGAGGGGGGGCAUCGCGGCCGCGAAGCAGUGCUGCAGUGGCACUGGCCUCGCCGAGCGGACGCUGCCGCGCGAGGUAGCGAACCGCUGCGCUGGCGAGAUCGCGAACGUCAGAGGGUUCACUACCAACCACGUAGAUCUUCAAUGGCCAUGGAUCAAGCGAUGGAUCAGGAAGCGCGACGGCGGCAUGCUGCCCGAGAGGGCCAACAGGGAGAAGUGGUCGAGGCCCGCCACGUCUGAUGGCGGCGUGGACCUCGGUGAUGAGUUCGGCGGCCUGGCCUUCGACGCGGCUCUGGAGAAGGAGAAGGGGGACAAGGUCAGCACGCGGUUUGACGCGUCAUACAGCGCCGACCUGCUGCGCAGCGACGGCUCCCUGCAGCCGCGGGCCCAGCUGAACCGCCGCGUUAUGGUGGACGACAUGGGCCUUAAGGCCAGGGACAUCGUGGCCGCGUUCUCCAGGAACGCGCGCAUGGGCUUCGACCUCAACAUCCGCAA